AUGAAGUGAAGCGAGUUCGUCGUGUCCUGGUUCACUUCUCUUAUCUUUCAUUAUGUGGACGUUGAUUGUAAAACUCACUCUUUCUUCUUUUUUUUGUACCAAUUCUCUGUCGCCCCCGUUUCCUCAGGGUCCUCCUGGACGAGCAGGCUUUCCGGGUGACAAAGGCAGUAUGGGAAUUCCUGGCAGAAUGGGUUUGAAAGGACGAGCAGGGGACAAGGGAGCUCCAGGAGAACCAGGUCUGUCCAUCAUCGGACCAAGAGGACCUCCUGGACAACCAGGAACCCGAGGCUUCCCAGGCUUUCCCGGUCCCAUCGGCUUGGAUGGCAAACCUGGACAGAACGGACCGAAGGGAGACAUGGGUCACCGUGGUCUGAAAGGACAGCCAGGUGAACCCGGACUCAAAGGAGAGAAGGGCGUGUGUGGAGACUACACCCACCGGGACUUGUUUGUGCAGGAGCUUCCUCUGAAAACGCUGGCUGCGUUACGCUCCAGUCACUCUCUGAUGUUAAAGCAGGGCGAGCCUGGAGCGCAGGGACCGCCGGGACCUCCAGGACCCCCCGGACCACCGGGGAACGCAGGCUUCAACGGCUCACAGGGUAAACCUGGUGAGCCAGGAAAACCAGGAAAAGACCCGAGGCUUUUACCAGGACUGAAGGGCGAGCCUGGUGUUCCAGGGCAGAAGGGCGGUCGAGGAGACGUCGGUCCACCAGGUCCUGAAGGACCACAGGGCGUUAAAGGAGACCAAGGCAUUGAGGGAGUUGAAGGAAAGAGGGGUUUCCCUGGAGACAGGGGAGAGAAGGGUGAACGAGGUUUCCCAGGAACUCCUGGGUUAAAGGGUCAGGCAGGAAUCCCUGGUACUCCUGGCAUCCCUGGCAAGAGGGGCUACAGGGGAGAGAAGGGCGAGCCGAGUUCUGCGGCCCAAGGUAUCAAAGGAGAACCAGGUUCACGAGGACUGCCGGGACUAACUGGACUCAAGGGAGAAAAGGGAGACCAUGGAGUAAAGGGGGAGGGAGGUCCUGAAGGCUCAGCUGGGCCGAGAGGUCCACCAGGUCCGACCGGAGAGCCUGGAAAAGCUGAGAUCCAGAAUGAAAAUGAUAUUCGUAACAUACCUUUAAUGGGUCCUCCUGGAUUACCUGGACCUCCAGGGAUCCCCGGUUCUUCUGGUAUCAAGGGUGAAGUUGGUCUACCAGGUCCACCAGGACUGGACGGCGAGAAGGGACCCAGAGGGAAACCUGGAGAGCCUGGUCCUGGAGGCCCAGCUGGUCCUUUAGGUCCCAGAGGAGAGGACGGUGCCAUGGGCUUCCCAGGACCCAAAGGAGACCUGGGUCCACCUGGAUCACCUGGUCUAGAUGGCCCUACGGGUGAAAAGGGGGCCACAGGAGCCCCGGGCCCUAUUGGAUUACCUGGCUCAAUGGGUCUGAAAGGUGAACCUGGAGAAACAGCGAGGUCAGAAAUGGUCUAUGGUCCUCCAGGACCACCAGGACCUCCAGGACCAGUUGGACCAGCAGGAUCUCAAGGGUUUUCAGGGCCUAAGGGAGAGCCAGGCAUCGGCAUCAAAGGAGAAAAGGGAGCCACGGGUCAAAAGGGCGACAAAGGAGACCGCGGCCAUCUUGGACUGCCUGGGGCUCAUGGGUUAGACGGCAGACCGGGUCCAGUGGGUCUCAUAGGACCAGCAGGUGUUUCAGGACCAGCAGGACCAAAGGGAGAGAGGGGUGAAAAAGGAGACGCAGGAUUACCAGGACCAACUGGGCCUCAAGGCAUCCCUGGUUUAGUAGGACCACAAGGAUUCAAAGGGAACCGGGGAGAGAGGGGCAAGAAAGGCAACAGGGGGGCCAAAGGGGAUAAGGGAGACCAAGGAGCACCUGGAUUAGAUGCCCCGUGUCCGUUGGGUGACGAUGGUUUACCUGUACCAGGAUGUUGGAAUAAAUGACAAUAACCUUCGGAGUGGCUGAUGUGUCUGUACAUAGGAUAUUUAUUUUUUUACUUUAUCAAUAUUCUGUUAAACAUUUGGAAGAUUAAAAAAAUGUUUAUAAAAUAAAAGAAUAAAAUCAAAUAAAAAUACAUAUAAUGUGUUUUGUACAGAUUGUUUAAUACAUAUUAUUCUAGUGUUUGUAGUGUAUUAUUCUAACAUAUUCCAUUUUUCUUUUUUAUAACUUUCAUAUGAUUGGAUAAGUAAAAAAAUGUUGCUUUAUAAACAUGCAUGAUAUUUGUGCAUAAUGUGAGGUGAUAAUAAUGCUUAUUAACUUAUUGCAUUAUGUUUUUGUGUUGUUGUUGUGUUGUGUUGUGUAGACCAUGCUGCACUGAAUUUGUGAAGCUGGAAAGAUUGUGUGUGUGUUUUGCUUUUAUUUUGAAAAGUCUGAGUUUAACUCUCCUCCUUCUGAUCAAAGAUUUAUAUAUUUAUAUAUAUGUAUAUAUAUGUAUAUACA